AUGUCUAAUCGCGAUUUUCGUCAAAUUUUUUUCUACGAGUUCAAACUGGGCCGGACUGCCGCUCAAACCGCUCGAAAUAUCAACGAAUUUCGUGCCGACAACACCAGCCUCGAAGACGAACCACAUGGCAGCCGUCCACUAAUACUUGAUAACGACUUAUUGAAGGCGACAGUCGAAGCUGACCUUGGUAAGCUGACCUUGGCGACGACCUGCCCAGUGGCUGGGCCAAAAAGAAGCUCCACGAAAUCAGCCAAAGCCGAAGACUCACCAAAAGAAGAUUAUAGUUACGAAAUCCGUCAAAGUUUUGUUUUCUUGUCGAAAUCUGCAUUUCUCUGGUUUGUUUUCCUUGUUUUGCUUGUGUGCAAGCGGUUGUGCAAGUCCGUAUCGCUACCUCCUUGUCCCUCCCAUUCGGAAAUGCACAUGGCGGCCAGCAUGGGUCUCCCUCUAAGCGAUUUACACACUCAGUUGGCUGCUCUCAGCUUGCAGAUGCAACCGUUUUCCACCGAGUCACCGCCGAAUCCUAUACGUGUUCAUAGUCGAACGUCAAUCCUUGACGAAAAUGUUACUUCUCAGGCAUACAAUCCGAUGUUCGGAGCAGAGAAAUUGUUCGCCGGCUUCGCUCGACAACAAGCCAUUGCUGCACAAAAUACGAACAUGAUUAGCUUCCCAUGCGGUAACCAUUCCACUUCUGGACUUAUGCCUUCUCGAUUUGGACGCCCUGAAGAUUCGCUGCCAAUGUUGCUUGCGGCUGGAAGUGGAAAUGUUUUCCUCAAACCUCCCACGACACCGACAUGUUUGUCAGGAAACGCCAGUCUUUGUUCGAAUGAUAGCGUAUCUAGCGCUGGUUCACCUACGAAUACAUGUGUUUCCUUGGCCCCAACGGCAGAAUCGAAAUCUCCUCUGAGCGGAAGAAGAGUGCUCGGCACACCAUCGCGACCAGUUUCUCAGUUCCUUUCCAAUGAAGUGGAGGUUUUCGCUCGCAAAGUUUUCGUUGGUGGUCUUCCUAUAGAUGUCACCGAAGAUGAGAUUUGGCAGACAUUUUCCGUUUUUGGGAAUGUGCUCGUAGACUGGCCGCGCCGCCCCGAUGGUACUAGCGCCCGAGAUGAAGAGUCAGGAAGAGGAUCACGUUCAAUGACCGGCUACGUAUUUCUUGUGUUUGAGGAAGAAAGCUCAGUUCAAUAUCUUGUCAGCGAAUGUCACAAAGAGGAUGAUCGUUACUAUCUCUUUGUUUCGUCACCGACAAUGCGUGAUAAGCCGGUACAAGUGCGACCAUGGCGUUUGGCGGACAUGGAUUUCAUCUCGAACCCACGUACUCUCAUGGAUCCUCGCCGUACCGUAUUCAUCGGUGGUGUUCCACGUCCCACGCGAGCAAGCGAGUUGGCUGAGUGCCUUCAGCGUUUGUAUGGUCCUGUUUGCUAUGUUGGAAUAGACAUUGAUCCGGAAUUGAAAUAUCCGAAAGGAGCUGCGAGAGUUUCUUUCGUAACUACACAAGCCUUCAUUGCAGCGAUUAACGGACGCUUUGUUCACGUUCAUCAUGGAGAAUCUCAGAAAAGAGUCGAAAUCAAACCUUACGUGAUGGAUGAACAAAUGUGCGAUCAUUGUGAAGGCAAGCAGUGCUCUUCUCGCUAUGCUCCAUACUUUUGCGGCGAUGUUGAUUGUCUUCAGUAUUACUGCGAAAGCUGUUGGGACCGAAUCCACUAUCGUCCUGGUUCAAGACGUUCGGAACAUCGUCCACUCGUACGCAUGGGAGACCAAACAAAGGUUCUUCCUCGCCCUCCUCAUCAUUGCAGCCGCACCACAAGAAACUUCGGCGGAUCGAGUCAAACACGCCACUUCAGUGCAUCUCUCAGCAUUUAA